AUGGAGGCCUUGGACGUGGUCCGAGAGAUCGAAUCGGAGGAUCAGCCUGCUGCUCCCUAUCUCUAUGCCUCCCAGCCUUGGGCCAAAGCAGCCAGCCCUGUGCACAGUGCCGCGCCUUCCAAAACCAUCGGAGCGCACCGCACUUGUGCCAAGAAACGGAAGGCAGAGGAUAUGGAGACGGAGGUCAUCAUGUAA